UUUUGAAGACAAUUUGGAAUUUAGGUUCCAAUGAAUGAACACAGGAAGCCCGUGGUCUCUGAGAUCCUUUACAAUUCUACAUUUAGAGUCCUAUGAGAAAGCAUUUCUCUUCCAUUACAUACAUGCACACCAUAUUCAAAAGCCCCAACUUUAGUUGACAGCUUUGUUUUUCCUUCAUGCUAUGCCCAGUGAGAAAACUGGUGUGAGCUGGGGCUCAAGCCCAGGUAGAGAGAAUGAUUACUUGUUUGGUGAAAAAAAAAUUGAAGAGGAUUUUAUCUUUGAUCCUGAAAGAAACAGGGAAACACUGGAGUUUAUUGAAGGGGUGAAGGAUGGGCAAUGUGAUAUUGAUGAGACCUGAGUUUUAGGGAGAAAAAAUAAAUAUGAGAGAAAAGGCUUAUAAUCAGAAAUAUGUUGCUUUUCCUAUACUAGGAAAAGAGUAAAUCUACAGAGGGCAGUACUAGAAUGAAGAGGUACCAAGGAAGGUUUACUGUAGAAGGCACGAUUUAAUUGGGACUUCAAAGAUACCAAUGAAACAUAGUCUAUGUCAUGUGACCCACAGAAUGGAGGACUACCUAUUCCCUCCAAUCCCCCUGAUUUUUCAAAUUUCUCCAAAUUAGUUCUUAUUGACUGGAGAUAAAAUAACUUCAGCUCUCUCAGCUAGAACACUCAGACCUAAACAAGGUUAAAAAUCGAUGAACUAAUAGCUGAGGAGGUAAAUCUCUAAAAAAACAAAUUUAAAAAUACUCAUUCAGCGUGCUCUCCCACAGUGCCUACCAUGUCCACAAAAGUCAAUUCACACUUGCAACAGAAUCCAUUUCCACACUGUGAUGACCACAAAGUCCUAGUGACCAGAAACCCUGAUUUUAAAGAUCAGCUAUUUGAUGAGGUUCAGAGCCAUGAUCCAAAGAAGUACUGAUUUUCAGUCCCGUCCGGCUCUUCGUGACACUUCGGGAUUGUCUUGGCAAGGACGCUCGCGUGUCCUGCAAUUUCUUUCUGCAGCUUCUGGGAGGCAAGCGGGGGUGAGUGACUUGACCAGGAUCCACUGCCGGUAAAGGUCCGAGACCUUAUUUAGAGUUAGGAACACCUGACUCCAGUCCCGGCAGUCGGCGCGCUCUGGCGUCACCUCGUGGCCCCUGUGUGUUAUGUUAUGGCAUGAGAUUAAAUGCCCGCAGAAAACAGAUUGGGGUCCAUUACCACUGAUUUAAGGGCGGGCGGCCAGGGACGUUUCGCGGACUUGGAGAUCUGCCGGGAAAAUCUGCCCUGCGAGGCCCUGGGCUCCCUUUCUCCCGCCAGGAACAAAGGUUUCGGGGGGCUGGCUUUAGAAUAUCCCGUGCGGAAGCCCUGGUACCCGGGGGAGACUUGGGCACUCGCCUCCCUCCUGAAAGCCCCAGAUCUGCUUUCGCCGCCAGUUCUAGGCUGAGGAGGCAGCAGCAGCAAGAUGCGCUUUUGGUUUCGAUUUCCUGCGUCCGCCCGCCCCUUCUUCCUCACUCUCAGUAAGAGAAGGCUUUUGAAAAGCCACAGAAAAAAGAGAGGAGAGAACAAGAGCAGAGCAGAGAAGAGCUGAGAGGAAGAUGAGAGCUGGGAGCGCAUUUGUGAGCAUUCUGGCCUGGAGCCUCCUGACGCAGGUGACCGUGAUCCCAGCAGUGUUCAUGGAAGCCCCCAUAUGUCUGGUAGAAAACAGUAAUGAUGAGUUGAAGGUAAACCCCAAAGCCCUUCAGAUUCUAACUUCCAUCGACAAACCAGUGGUGGUGGUAGCUAUUGUUGGACUGUACCGUACUGGAAAGUCCUACCUGAUGAACAGGUUGGCAGGAAAGAACUCAGGCUUCUCCCUGGGUUCUACUGUGCAGUCUGAGACAAAGGGUAUCUGGAUGUGGUGUCUCCCUCAUCCCAGCAAACAGGACCAUGUCUUAGUUCUGCUUGACACGGAGGGCCUUGGAGAUGUGGAAAAGGGUGAUCCCAAGAAUGACUCGUGGAUCUUUGCCCUGGCCGUCCUGCUCAGCAGCACUUUUGUGUACAACAGCAUGAACACCAUCAACCACCAGGCCUUGGAACAGAUGCAAUACGUGACAGAGCUGACCAAGCUAAUCAAAAUCAAAUCCUCACCUAAUGCUGUUGGAGAAGAGGAGUCUGAAGAGUUUGUGGGCUUCUUCCCAGACUUUGUGUGGGCAGUGCGGGAUUUCACGCUGGAAUUGAAGAUAGAUGGACGCCCCAUUACCUCAGAUGAGUACCUGGAAAAUGCCUUGAAGCUUAGUAAAGGCAAAAACCCCAGAGUUGAAAUGGCCAACCUUCCACGAGAGUGCAUCAGAAAAUUCUUUCCAAGAAGGAAAUGUUUUACUUUUGACCGUCCAACCAAUGAUAAGUCACUCUUAGCCCAUCUUGAAGAUGUCCCAGAAAGCCAGCUGGAGGCUUCAUUCAGGACUCAGACAGACAAUUUUUGUUCUUACAUCUUUUCCAAUGCAAAACCCAAGACUCUUAGUGGGGGUGUCAUGAUCAAUGGAAAUCGGUUGGGAAAGCUGCUGGAGACCUAUGUGAAGACAAUCUCUAGUGGUGACGUUCCCUGCCUGGAGAAUGCAGUGUUGUCUUUGGCUCAGACUGAGAAUCCAGCUGCUGUGCAAAAAGCUGCACAGCAUUAUGUGGAGCAGAUGGCCCUGAAGGUGGACUUUCCCACAGAGACUCUCCAGGACCUUCUAAGCGUGCAUACAGAGUGUGAGAAGGAAGCUCUCUCAGUUUUCAUGAAGCAUUCUUUCAAGGAUGACACACACAAGUACCAGAAAGACUUGGUGCAAAUCUUAGAAACUGAAAAAUAUGGUUUCAUACGUCAAAAUGAAGAAGUAUCAACCAAAUACUGUGAAACUCAGCUUGAGAACCUCUCAUGGUCCCUGAAAGAAGACAUUUCUGAUGGCAUCUUUUCUGUGCCAGGGGGUUACAAUAUCUACAGGAAAGAAAGAGAAGAAAUAUUAAACAAGUAUCAUCAACUGUCCAGGAAAGGGCUAAAGGCAGAUGAGGUCCUCCAAAGGUUUCUAGAGUCAUUGGCAGUGACAGAAGAUUCCAUCCUGCAGACAGAUCAAGCUCUCACUGAACAAGAGAAGGCCUUGCAAGCUGAACAGAUUAAAAGAGAAGCAGUUGAGAAAAAGAACAAGUUAUUGCAACAGGAACAAGUCGAAAUGCAGCAAAAUAUGGAAGCUCAGCAGAGAAGUUAUGAAGAAAACAUGAACCAAUUAAAAAUGAAGAUGGAGGAAGAUACAAACAAACUCCUGGAAGAAAAAAAUAUGAUGCUGGAAUCUAAGCUGAAGGAACAAAAGCAGCUGAUGGAGGAAGGUUUUCAAAAGAAAGCUGAAGAGAUGGAGAAAACGAUGGAAGACCUACAAACAAAGAUUAAGGUUGCUGAAGAGAACAAGUCCAACGGGUUCUGCCAGUUUUUAGAUGCGCUUGGUACUCUGUUGAUGGCCCUUUUACCUGGUGCCGGAAAAUUCGUUGGCCUAGGGUUAAAGUCAUUGGGCAAUUUAUUGUCAUAAUCAAAUGCAUUUCAGUUUCCCAAAAGGAAAUCAUAGAGUGAGAAUGUCUCACUGAAAAGAAAAGUAGAACUAAGACUUCCUCAUAUGUGAAUAUAUGUAUAUAUGUGUGUUUCCUGUUUCCAGUUCAUCCAUGUAUUACAAAGUAAAGCUGAUGAUUCCUAUAAGAGAAAGAACAGAGGAGAAAGUUCAUACAAAAAACACUCAUCUACUUGGUGUUAGUGAGAUGAACCUCAUUACAUCAAAUGAAAGUGUUAGGGAUGUAGAAGACCCUUACCCAAAAUGAUUACUCAGAGAUCACUCAGUAGAAGGCAGAAAAGUUGUUUGUUGAAAACCUCCAGAGGAUGAGCCAUCCCAUCGCAAAAUAAGAAAGAAAAAGCUUGUGGUAGGAGGGCUAAAGAAGUAGUAAAGAUACAUAGAAGAAAUUACAUCACAAGUAAGAGAGCAUUGAGAAGUGGAGGGGGCGGCAUCUAAUUGGAUUUUGCUGUUUGGAGAGAUUGGAAUGGAAGGUUUCAGGGAAAUCUCCUGAUUUCUAGGAAAUAGAAAGUCAGGCCUUCGGGCUUAAUCAAGCAGACAGUGGUUCAGCUAAUAGACUAACUAUUGAUAAAUGUCAAAUACUAAUAAAUGUCAUCAACUCAGGUUAAGUAAAUAUGUUUCUAACUGACCAAGGCUCAAGUAAAUAUGAGCCUGCAUAUAUUACACAGGUCAUAGGGGAAACACAGAAAUAAUAAAAUAUAGAAAAAGAAUUCAUACAAUCCUGUAAGUUCGUCAUCUUAUCUCUCUAUUCUCCACAAAAGCUUCUGUUCUUUAAGGCAAAUGGUCUGGAAGGCAAGAAGACUUGAGUUCUUCUCUUCCUUUUAACAGUCUAGAAGAUUCAGAGCUGGAAGAAGCCUGGGAAGUCAUGAUAAUGCCUCACUUUACCUGUGGCUCCUUGGUGGUGCAGUGGAUGGGGCAGUAUUUAAAGUCAGGAAGAUCUGAGUUCAAAUCUGUCACCAGCCACUUACAGGCCCACUUCUAGGACUGGAAGAAAGUCACUGAAACUCUCCAUCUUAGAUUUCUUCUCAUUAAAUAGGAGUAAUAAUAGCAUUUACUUCACAGGGUUUUGUGAAAAUAAAAUGAAGUAAGUUUUUUGAAAGUGUUAAAAAGCUAUAAAAAUGACAACUACUAAUAUAAUGAAGUGCUUUAACUCAGAGAUUUGCCCAAACUCCCACAGAAGACAGAAUAUUCUGACCACUGCAGAGGACAAGCCCUCUGACCUCUCUUUAGAGACAACACAUAAAUUUGUCCCCGCUCUUCUUCAGGUUUUAAAAAGUCCAAGUGGAACCCAAUCACACUUUGAAGUAGAAAUAUUUAUGCUGUCAAUAGAAAGUGUUUUGAGUUUUGAAAUGGGAAAGAUUGUUAAUCAAUGUUGUGCAUGCUUUGCUUUAUAAUCUUGUUUCAACUAUAAUUUUCUUGAUAGCAUAAGAAGUAACUGUGGGAUUUAUAAGAAGAAUAUAGACCCAGGGAAAACCUGGGUAGUCCCAAGGAAAUUCCUGUGUUAGUUGGCCUAAGGAGUAUAACUCUAAACAUUAUAAAGUGAGUAUCCAUAUUAAUCAUUUUUAUAUUAAAAUGUAAUGAGCUACCCUGAGCUUAUGAUGGAAAAAAGUCCUGCUUGAACCAAAAUCCUGCUUCAUUAAAAGGAAACUGAUUAUCUACAAUCUGUUGAAUUAGCCUGCUGAAUCAAUAGAACUAUGAAUAAGACCACUCUGGGCAGACUCUAGACUCCUCCUUUGUUUCUCUUUAAGACUGUUUUAUAUGCCCAGAGUGGCUUCCCAAUUUCUUUCUUAUAAUUUAUAAUCAUAAGACUUGAGCUCAAAUGCUAAGCCUAAUAUUUAGUUCCUGCAUGCUCGACCUUGGAUAAAUCCUUUAUCAUUUUCCCAGCCUCAGUUUCCUCCUCUGGCCAUACUAAACUAGAUGAUUUCCUGGGUGCUGUCUACUUCCAUGUCCUGUUCCUUUUUAGUUGACAUUAGAUAGGAUUCCUAUGAACCUGUCUCUACUCUUGUCCAGAAGAUGUUCAACAUAGUAAGUUUCCUAGUCCUAUAAACUGAUUUUACAGGUUGUGCCCUUAGAAUCUCCAAUGAGAGCUCUUUUUAAACUAGUAAAUGAAUAAUUCUGUGUAGCUAUAUGUUUCAUGAUAAGACUGAAUAUGACUCAUGGAAAAUUCUAAUUUUGAAAUUCCCCAACUUUCUCUAAUGGCAGAAUCCCAGAUGUCUCAGUAUUUUUCAUAGCAUCCUGAGGACAAAAGAAAUACCUGUUUAUUAAAUUCUAUAACAUGGAUUUAUGUCCUAACAACUUAGUAGUCAGCUGAAAAAUUAAUACACAUAAAAAGGAAGGAAAAUGGCUUUUAUUUUAUUCUUAAAUAGCCACAAUUACUAAUGGGAUAUGUAUACUCUUUAGACAAGAACAACUCCUCAAACCUUGACAUCUACUAUUCCCCGCCCUCCACAUUUCCUUUGCCAAGGUCAUUUUUGCUCACUAUUUGCUUUUUAACUCAAUAACUACCUGAAACCCAGAUUUGCAAACACAUUGUGACAAAAAGUAGAAUUUACUAUCCUAGUCAAAAGCACAAGUGAACAGGCUCAUCUCAAAAAUUCUAGACAGUUGUUCAUCUGGUGUCUAAUAAAUACUAAGUAGCCCUGUGUUUUCUUGAAAAUUAAAACAUCAUAAGAUGUUCCUUUGAGUUCUCUGUGACUCCUUGAGGGUGGCUCAAUACACAAUUUUGACUUCCAAGUCAGACUUCUGGGAACAAGAAAAAAACCUAAUUUUUUAUCAAUAUGAUUCUCUUCAAGCCAAUUGGAGACACCUCUGAAAUCCUCUUUAUUCUUCUCCAAACUAAGCAUGCUCAUUUUCUUUGUUAUACUUUUCAAACUAAUGGUUGUGUAUUUGAAGGUCUCUGCUGUACUUUUCUCCUUUUCAAAAUAAAACUUCCUUCUUUAA